UACUAGCAAGUGCUACUAGUGUAUUGAACUCCUUCCAUAUAGUGUUUUCAAAAUCUGUUUCAAUAUAAUGUGAGUACUUGAAAGUAAGUCACAUCAUUUUCAACCUGCAAAUUGGUGUGUGCAGAAAAUCCAAAUGUAGUGUCUGUAUUCUUGAACAAAAUGUAUCAACUGCACACUACCCGGUCAUGGGAAUUUCUUGGACUCGAAAGAAAUGGAACAGUUCCUAAGGACUCUACUUGGGAGAGGGCAAGAUAUGGUGAAGGCACAAUCAUUGGUAACCUUGAUUCAGGUGUAUGGCCAGAAUCCAAGAGUUUUAGCGACCAAGGAAUGGGGCCAAUUCCAUCCAAGUGGAAGAGGAUCUGUCAAAUGGAAGCUAGUUGGAGUAAGAUUUUUCUCCCAAUGUUCUGAUGCAUUAUUUUCUUCUGCACGUGACACUGAUGGCCAUGGUUCACAUACUCUGUCAACUGCUGGGGGUAACUUUGUUGACGGAGUAAAUGUCUUUGGUAAUGGUAAUGGUAAUGGCACUGCCAAAGGAGGAUCUCCAAAGGCACAUGUUGCAGCCUAUAAGGUGUGUUGGCCGAUAAUGAGCACAGGUAGCUGCUACUUUGCAGAUAUCUUAGCCGGUUUCGAGGCCGCCAUAAGCGACGGUGUAGAUGUGAUUUCAGUUUCUCUUGGUGGGAGGCAGCCCGAAGAGCUGUUUUCUGACCCAAUAUCUAUAGGUUCCUUCCAUGCAGUUUCAAAUGGUAGAGUUGUUGCUAGCUCUGCUGGGAAUAGGGGACCUUAUCCUGGGACUAUUUCUAAUGUGGCACCCUGGUUGUUCACUGUUGCUGCUAGCACAACAGAUAGUGACUUCACCAGUUAUGUUAAGCUUGGUGACAAGAAGAAGCUUAAGGGUCCUAGACUUUCUUCUAUGGGCUUGCCAUCAAAGAAGUUCUAUCCUUUGAUUAGUGCUGAGAACGCCAAUAAAGCAAAUGCACUGCCUCAAGAAGCCAAACUCUGCCGUGAGGGAACUCUUGAUGCUGAAAAGUUGAAGGGAAAAAUCGUGGUCUGUCUUGAAGAUAAGUUUUCUGUAGUUCUACAAGGCUCAGAAGCUGCUUCUGCAGGCGCUGUUGGAAUGGUUUUGGCCAAUGAUGGUCAAAACUUAUAUGAUUUCAUGGCAUACCCUCAUGUUUUACCAGCUUCACAUAUCAACUACACGGAUGGUGAAUACAUUUAUUCCUACAUCAAACAUAAAAUGAACCCUGUGUCUUACAUGACUAAACCAAAGACAAAAUUUCCAACAAUUCCAGCUCCAGUGGUUGCUUCAUUCUCAUCUAGAGGACCUAACACCAUCCAACCAUCAAUUCUAAAGCCUGACAUAACUGCACCUGGGGUGAACAUAAUUGCUGCUUACUCAGAAGCCACAAGUGUAUCUGGAUUACUAUCAGAUGAUAGAAGGGUUCCUUUAAAUUCAUUGACUGGAACUUCCAUGGCAUGCCCCCAUGUAUCUGGCAUUGUAGGCCUUCUCAAAACACUUCAUCCAGAAUGGAGUCCAGCAGCUAUCAAGUCAGCAAUUAUGACCACCGGAAUCCGGAUGUGGAAGUUUCUGAUUUUCACGAGUUUAUAAAGAUUAUUGUAAUUUACAACUCUCGUGGUCGGGGAAGGAAUGAAGCAAUUCAAAUUCCGGUGAGUGAUACGAAUCAAGUAUUUUCUGAUUGCCAUAAAGUAGUAUUAAUAUAUGGCAAUGCUAAGAGCAUGUGAAUCGUAAAGACAUUUGUUAUGAUUCAUUUAAUUCAUUCAAUGGUCUGAAAUCAUAAACACUACUAGACUAAGGCUCACGUGUUGCGCGGGAGUAUAAAAUUGUUUAAAUACAAUGUAAAUUUAUUAUGGCAA